AUGGAUCUCCCACAACCAAGUGGUGUGCCCACGAUCUUUGGGCCAGGCCAGGCCCCGCGAGCUGUGAAAGGAAAGGAUGCCCCGCAGGUGGCUAAAGCCACGCUGGAUGAAGCAAAGGAAGGGAGAGAGAGCGAGAAAGAGGAAAAAAGAGCUCCAAAGCCCGCUGCAUACCGACCUCCACCCAAGGAGGACACGAGAUCUACUUGCAGCACAGCAGCCACGGAGCCUGAUUCUGCCAAGCAGGUCCCAAAGCAGGAGGCUCCUGAAUCAGGAUUCAGCUCGCUGGAGGAAGCUGUGCCGGAGGGAAUGCCAGCGAUUGGUAGCGUGGUGCGCGUCUUUGGCCUGAAAUCAAUCCCAGAGCUAAAUGGCACGUUGGCUGAGGUGCUGAGACCUGCACCUCAGGAGCGUGUGGUGGUGCAAACCUCCAUUGGUGAGAAGGCUUUACGUUUGGGCAAUGUGGAUGGGCAACUGGCCGCCGUGGCACCCUGGGUAAAGCCGUCAGCAGCAGCCUUGGCGGUCUUCACUGUGCUGGCUCCUAUGGCUGGACGCCCCCUCAGUGUGGCCGCAGUACCUUUUCUGGCACUCUUGUGGGCGCUGGGAACGCUGGCAGCGUGCCUGUCCAUCUACAGACCCUGCUGGCGAUCCUGGUGCCUUCCAUCUCUGUCCAAUGUCUGUCAGCGUGCGCCCAACCGCAGUGUGCUGCGAGUUGGCUUUGCAGUUGCCGGUGUCAUGCUCAUGACCUCAAAUUGGCUCUACGGAGAGCUCGUGGUGCCGCAGAUCUUAGAUGGACCUUUGGAGCUUCCAGAGGAACCAGUGAUCGAAGUGCCGGCCUCCGAAGUUGAGGUUUGCGAGGCCAAUGAGACUGAGACUGAGAAUGGCACGUGCAGCACCAACAGCAGCAAUGCCACAGACCCCGUGGUGAAGAGGCUAAAGAUCCCUUCACCUGGGCUCAUCCAAGGCAGCUUGCGCUAUGGAUAUGUGGCAGCCUUUGCAUUCUCUCUUGCUGGCGUGUGCUUUUGUGGUCCUUGGUGGUCCACCUUAAUCCACGUCUUUGUGUCCAUUGCCUUCGCCGUUACGUGCUCCAUCCACACAUGGGCCAGCAGCACGUUGCUGACCAGUGAGCGGGGAAGGCCUUACGCUGAGCAGCUGGGGGAGCUGCAUGUGAUCGCCAAAUACCGCCAAAUGAUCAUGAACUUUUUGCCGCUAGUGGCCUUGGUGCCCAUAACGGUGUGCCAAAGCAGGAUGACGCAGCGACGCCCGCUUUCUGCCAUGUCUUUUUUGGAGACCUCGGGCAUUCUGUUGUUGGGCAAGGUGUCGCAGUGGGGCCUCAUGCUGACCUAUGUCCUUUAUGUCGGAAGCUAUGCGAUGGACUUCUGGGCUCUUUCAAGUCCUGAGCAACUGGAGGAAGAGCUCAUUUGA